AUGGACGUCACGCAAGGUAUCUCAGCAGCGGCCAUCGCUCUGAUCAUCCUCGUCACCGUGGUAUGGUACACGAACAGAAGCCGCUACCGUCGGUUGGGGUCCAUGAUACCUGGCCCGCGCGGACUGCCACUUCUUGGUGUCUUGUUGGAAGCGGUAGCCCGCAGGGAGAACAUCAUGGACUACGCCAAGGAACUACGAGCCCGCUACGGAGCCGUGUGCAAGGCGUGGGUCGGGAUGCAUCUCGUCGUGGGGGUAACAGAUCCGGCGGACGUGGCGGAGAUACUCAACAACAGCGGCUGGACGCUGAAGAAACCCGCCAUUCUACGGGGAAUUCCCUGCUCACGGCCGGAGACGAGGAGUUGGAGGAAACUGCGGAGGAUCGUGAACCCCGCGUUCGCCCGCAAGGUCGUCGAGUCGCACGUCGGCACCUUCUGCGAUAAGAGCCGGCCGAUGGCCGACCGGCUGGGGAGACAUUCCGACGGUCAGGCGUUCAGCGCGGUGGACCACACUCUGCCGUGCGCGCUGGACAUGCUCUCCGAGACCAGUCUGGGCGCGCCCACGGACUUCCGAGGCAACAACAAGCAGCACCGCGUCACGGCAAACUUCCCCAACAUCUUCAACAUCCUAGCUCGCAUGAUUUCCACUCCAUUUUACUGUUUCGAUCCAGAAAGGUUCAACAAAGAAAACAGCAUCGGUCGCCCUUCGUGUUCGUUUAUUCCAUUCGCCUCGGGACCAAAGAUGUGUUUGGGCAGGAAGUACACGUACAUGGCAGUGAAGACCAUGUUGUCGGUGGUCCUUAGAAGAUACCAAGUGCUCGAAUAUGGCUCUCAAGGCUCCACUCUGUGA